GAAAGAACAGAAAUCUUUGUUCCCUGACUUUGGAAACCUUGUUUAACCUUCAAACUGGCGAUGUCAAGGGUUCCAAGUCCUCCACCUCCGGCAGAAAUGUCGAGUGGCCCUGUAGCUGAGAGCUGGUGCUACACUCAGAUCAAGGUAGUGAAAUUCUCCUACAUGUGGACCAUUAAUAACUUUAGCUUUUGCCGGGAAGAAAUGGGUGAAGUCAUUAAAAGUUCAACCUUUUCAUCAGGAGCCAAUGAUAAACUGAAAUGGUGUUUGCGAGUAAACCCAAAAGGGCUAGAUGAAGAAAGCAAAGAUUACCUGUCACUUUACCUGUUACUGGUCAGCUGUCCAAAGAGUGAAGUUCGGGCAAAAUUCAAAUUCUCCAUCCUGAAUGCUAAGGGAGAAGAAACCAAAGCUAUGGAGAGUCAACGAGCUUAUAGGUUUGUGCAAGGCAAGGACUGGGGAUUCAAAAAAUUCAUCCGUAGAGAUUUUCUUUUGGAUGAGGCUAAUGGGCUUCUCCCUGAUGACAAGCUUACCCUCUUUUGUGAGGUGAGUGUGGUACAAGAUUCCUUAAACAUUUCUGGCCAGAAUACCAUGAAUAUGGUGAAGGUUCCUGAAUGCCGGUUGGCAGAUGAAUUAGGAGGGCUGUGGGAGAAUUCCCGGUUCACAGACUGCUGCCUGUGUGUUUCUGGCCAAGAGUUCCAGGCUCACAGAGCUAUCUUAGCAGCAUGUUCUCCAGUUUUUAGUGCCAUGUUUGAACAUGAAAUGGAGGAGAGCAAAAAGAAUCGGGUUGAAAUCAAUGACGUGGAGCCUGAAGUUUUUAAGGAGAUGAUGUGCUUCAUUUACACGGGGAAGGCUCCAAAUCUCGACAAAAUGGCUGAUGAUCUGCUGGCAGCUGCUGACAAGUAUGCCCUGGAGCGUUUGAAGGUCAUGUGUGAGGAUGCCCUCUGCAGUAACCUCUCUGUGGAGAAUGCUGCAGAAAUUCUCAUCCUGGCUGACCUCCACAGCGCAGAUCAGUUGAAAACUCAGGCAGUGGAUUUCAUCAACUAUCAUGCUUCAGAUGUCUUGGAGACCUCUGGAUGGAAGUCAGUGGUAGUGUCACAUCCCCACUUGGUGGCUGAAGCAUAUCGCUCUCUGGCUUCAGCACAGUGCCCUGUCCUGGGACUGCCCCCCCCCAUCCUGCACAAACGCCUGAAGCAAUCCUAA